AUGUCCAUAACAAAAACGGCAGAGUGGGCAAAACUGGCCGAGUUAGCCAAAACCGUCGGUCAGUCCUCUAUUCGCGAGGCCUUCCAAGCUGACCCCAGUCGAUUUGACAAGUUCAACAUGAAACUGAACGAAGAAGGCAACGAUUUUCUCUUCGACUUUUCAAAGAAUAGAAUUGACGAAAAUGUCAUGGCGGAGCUGAGGAACUUGGCGAAAGUAGCGAAUGUUGAUGCCAUGAAGAAAAAGAUGUUUGGCGGAGAAAAGAUCAAUUUCACGGAAGAUAGAGCGGUUUUUCAUGUUGCUCUCAGACAUCAAGGCGAUGAAAUGUCGACCGGAGGCAAAAAUGUCAUGCCCGACAUUCGCGCCGUCCAAGCUCACAUGAAAGAGUUCUGCUCCGAGAUCAUCAGUGGCUCUUGGACGGGCUUUACCGGCAAAAAAAUUGAAAACAUCGUCAAUAUUGGCAUUGGGGGUUCCGAUCUUGGUCCUUUGAUGGUCACAGAGGCUCUGAACAGGGCUGCACAAUUGGAUUGGAAUCAAUUGGUUUCCAAUUCAAUUGGAUUGGAUUGCCCUGCUCUGAAACCGUUCAAAAAUCACCUCGGAAUUCAUUUUAUUUCAAAUGUUGACGGGACACAUGUCUCUGAAGUUCUGAAGAAGUUGGAUCAAGAAACGACUCUUUGUAUAAUUGCUUCAAAGACAUUUACUACGCAAGAGACAAUCACAAACGCGAAUUCCGCCAAGCGCUGGUUCCUGUCGAAAGCUCCUGAAUCCGCCAUUGCCAAGCACUUUGUUGCGCUUUCAACGAAUAAAGAAAAAGUUGCAGCUUUCGGGAUCGACACAAAGAAUAUGUUUGAGUUCUGGGACUGGGUCGGUGGAAGAUACUCGCUUUGGAGCGCGAUUGGUUUGUCGAUUGCUCUGUCUGUUGGAUUCGAUAAUUAUAUGCAGCUUCUGAAGGGCGCCGCUUCCAUGGACCAACAUUUCCUCAAUGCUCCAGCGGAGUCAAACAUUCCCCUGACCAUGGCUCUCCUUGGCGUCUGGUAUUCCAAUUUCUUGGGCGCCGAGUCCCAUGCCAUGCUCCCCUACGACCAAUACCUGCAUCGAUUCGCCGCGUAUUUCCAACAAGGGGACAUGGAAUCGAAUGGAAAAUACGUCCGAAGAAACGGCGAUGAAGCUGACUACCAAACCGGGCCGAUUAUUUGGGGAGAACCGGGUACAAACGGACAGCACGCUUUCUAUCAGCUCAUUCAUCAAGGAACCAGAUUAAUCCCCGCAGAUUUUAUCGCAACUUGUAAGAGCCACAACAACCCGACUGGAGAUGGUCUUCACCACCGGCUUCUUCUGGCAAAUUUCUUGGCACAGACGGAAGCUUUGAUGCUCGGCAAAUCAAGCUCAGAAGCCAAGGCUGAACUUGAAAAGGCAAACAUGCCGGCGGAACAGAUCCAGAAGAUUUUGCCGCAUAAAAUCUUCAAGGGUAAUCGACCAACAAACUCGAUUCUUCUCUCUGAACUCAAUCCCUUCACGCUGGGCCAGUUGAUCGCCGCAUACGAGCACAAAAUCUUCGUCCAAGGCAUCAUCUGGGACAUCAAUUCCUACGACCAGUGGGGAGUCGAGCUUGGCAAGCAACUUGCGAAGCAAAUCGAGCCCGAAAUUCAAAAAGGAAGCACAACUACUGCCCACGACUCUUCGACCAAUGCCUUGAUCAAUUUCAUUAAUGCUAGAAUGUAA